AUGAACCCUCGGGACGUGAGCUUGAAUGCGCACGAGCAACUCGAAAUACUGGCCGAGAUCAUCAAGUCUAGCAAUAUCCCUCCAGACGUGGUCAUCCACUUUAUACGACAGAACGGCAUCGUCCCCGAUUGGGGUGAUGUGGCGCUCCCAAGGGGACGAACUGUCAAUCAAUGCAGCAACUGGUUUUACAGUGUCAUCAAUCAACCUGGCCCUCCUGGACCCGCUUCUGGCCAUGGCCAUGGCCAUAUCAGAUCGCAGAGUCUCCAGGGACCAAUUCAAACGUCCUCUCUGAAACGUCCGUUCAGCCCGGAUCAACCUUCCUUUGCAGGUGGCCGUCUGCUUGUUCCCAAGCCACCUAUGUCUACCAUUGGGAACAUACUCAAUCAACAACCUGAGCCGCCCAAGAAGAAACGCGGCAGGCCUACCAAUGCAGAGAAGGCCGCGAGAAGCCAGCAGGAGUUCUUGCAUGGACAGCCGUUGCUACCUCCUUCUCGACGCAUACCCCCGCUUGCAAGUGGGAGCAGCAACAGUGCUGUCGCACCUGGUCGUCCUGCCAGCGUCGACAUGGAGACGCGACGGCCGCAGCAACAGUUUAACGAACCCCAUGAAGCUGCCCCCGGACCUAGUUAUCCUGUGCCAGACGACAUGAGGGCUCACCCAAAGGCGACCCAGCAACAUACCGAUAGCCUCGCUCCUACCUUCAAGCACCCUUCCCACGAUACACGAGAAGCCAUAUCAAGUCUUGACGCCAUUAAUGACACGACCACCGACUACACUUCUUUUGGAUUGGCAUACAUUGGCACAUCUCUUUUCCUUUCAUCUCGCGUUGGAUCUCUCUACAUCUCUUUUGUUGGUUUCUCACGAAACACUUAUGACUGGAUGGCAUUGAUGUCAUGA